AUGGAUGAGAACCUCAGCCUCUCCCAAUCACUGGGAGGCUUACGGAUCGCCAAUCCUGACGAUUCGUCCCUACACUCGUCCGAGGACCCUAUGACUCCGGCCCCCGGUGCGGCUACCGUGGCUCCCGUGGUGCCAGGAACAUCUGAUCUCCAGCACGACUUGUCCCUUCCGCAACCCCCUGCUCAUCUUGCCUCCCUCGACCCCUCCCACUCGUCCAUUCCGCCCGGCAGCGAACCCGCCAGAGAACCCGCGACCGUGUCUCCCAUCGAUCCGACGACGCAACCUCCCGCGGGCAAUCGGAGUUCGACGUACAUGGCGUAUAGCGAACCAAACCAGCAAUCCACGCCACACUACGCCCCCUACCUUUCCCAGCCCCAGCAACAACACGUCGCGCCCGCCAGUUCUCGCCCUAUGUCUGCGCUGUACGCGAAUGGUUCAUCCUCAACCCUGGCCGCUCGCGAGGGCUCCUAUCGGAUCCGGACCGAUUCUGCCGCAUCGUCCGCCUCCGAAAGCCUUGCGCGUGCGGAAUCCCGUGGACGUUCCGCGGCGUUCCAGGCAGGUGUUCCCGUGCGCGAUAAUAGCCACAGCGAUCGGUCGUACCGGACGGCGCAGCUGCCUGGCGGGAAUGGCCCGAUGGUGAUGCGGCAGUCGUCUCGUGCCCAUCCGCGCGCUGGAGGUGCUCCGCCAAUGGCCGGUACGCCCUACGGACUGGAAAAUGGCCCACCGUCCAGUAGUGAGGACUGGCAGGAUCGCGGGGCGGCUGUUUCGGUGCGACAGGAGAUCGAUGCCAAUGGGCAGACCGUCUCCCGGACUAUUAAGAAAGGGGUGCGUGAUUUCUCCUUCGGCAGCACCUUGGGAGAGGGAUCUUACAGUACGGUCGUACUCGGAACGGAUCGUCAAACACUCAAAGAGUACGCCAUCAAGAUUCUCGACAAACGGCACAUCAUCAAGGAGAAGAAGGUGAAAUACGUGAAUAUCGAGAAGGAUACUCUCAACCGACUGACCGAGCAUCCUGGCAUCGUCCGACUCUACUAUACGUUCCAAGAUGAGCGUUCGUUGUAUUUCGUGCUCGAUCUCUGCAAAGGGGGCGAACUGCUGGGGGUGUUGAAACGCAUGACCACGUUCGACGAAGAGUGCACUCGGUUUUACGGCGCUCAAAUUCUCGACACCAUCGACUACAUGCAUAAGCGGGGCGUGAUUCAUCGGGAUUUGAAACCGGAGAAUGUUCUUCUCGAUAGUCAGAUGCAUGUUAAGAUCACCGACUUUGGCACUGCCAAGAUCCUCCGUGGCCCACGGAAACCCGACGACUCGAGCGGGGUGCCUUCUCUCGACUCGACUGAUAUGCCGGAAGAAGAGCGAGCUAGCUCGUUUGUUGGUACGGCGGAAUAUGUCAGCCCCGAAUUGCUGACGGAUAAGAACGCUUGCAAGGCCAGCGAUCUUUGGGCAUUUGGUUGCAUCAUAUACCAACUCUUAGCCGGCCGACCACCCUUUAAGGCAGGAAAUGAGUACCUGACGUUCCAGAAGAUCGUGGCUCUUGAAUACGAAUUCCCCGUUGGAUUCCCCGCCGUCGCCCGGGACCUUGUUGAGCGCCUUUUGGUUUUGGAUCCUGCCCGUCGUCUUCCUAUAGAGCAUAUCAAGAACCAUGAGUUCUUCCAGGGAAUGACUUGGGGACCCGACCUUUGGAAGCGCAAAGCUCCUCGCCUCAAGGCUUAUGUUCCUCCGCCUCGUGAACCCAUCAAAUUGAAUGGCGGUGGUGAGGCUCUCGGGUGGUACCUCGACUAG